AUGAACGGUGCUCAGCGUCGCCAGCGCGCUGGCUUCGUUGGCGCUGCUAUUGAUGUCGCGCCAUCCAUCCUCGCGUCCAUCGAUGGUGCCAUCGGCGGCGGUGUUGCUCUCACAGUACUAUCACCGUUUCAAAAAGACGUGCCAGAUGUCCCGGCUCUCGAUUCCCCCCCUGUCAAGACGCAAGAAAAUCCAAAUGUAUCUUUCGAGAACCUCACGCGCGGUGAUGCAGCCUUCAGCCCCCGUCAGCAACUGGCGACGUCGGCAAACUUCGAGUCGAUUGAAUUGUCAGGAAACCUCUCGUCGCCAGCCAUAUCUUCAGCGUCGUCCAAUCCUGCAUCAACAACUCUGUCCUCUCCAACAUCCUCCGACUCACCAUCAAGCCCUCCAUCAACCUCCACCUCGACGCACACACUAGCCAUCAAAAACGUAGCAACCUUUCUGGCGGGAGCAAAUAUAACCUCGGAUACCAUAUCGGCUCUGCUCCUUGUUCUUCUGCAUCGAUAUGGCCCAAGCAUGUUAACCCGAAUGCCUGGCUGUAAAGGAAGAACAGUGAAGAGGCUCCUCAACCUCGCGGCAUCGUUAGUUCCACAGUUUGCCACCGAGAACCCUCAGUUCUAUCUCAUCGAUAAAUACAUGAACCUUGCCGAAGAAGGGUUCAAGUAUGCAGCUGGUUGGGAGGAUUCCGCCCUUGUGGAACUUCGAGGCCAACUUAGAAAUGCUGCUGUUCAACGAGAGCACCUCCUUGCUAGCCUCUUCACGAUGGAUCUUCAUCACAGGAACGAUAUGCAGGAAUUCAAGCAACAGCGGCGCGCCGAUACGAAAGUUCUUGUACAGUGUCAGAAGGCAAUCCUGGCUAAGACCGAAUCGCGAGUCCGCCAGGAGCUCGCAUCACAGCACAAGGCCGAUCUAGGGGAUCUCAAGCGCAAGCACGAGCGGGAGAUAAACUCAUUGAUGGAGCAACUAUUGACUGCAAAGAAUGAGAAAACUAGCCUCGGUAAUCACAACCGGGCGCUAGACUCGUUACUCACUGAGGCCGUGCAAGCUCGGGGGGAUGUAGAGUCGCGCCUCCAGGACGCCAUGGUGGAGGUUCAGGAGCUCAGAUAUUCCCGAAAGAAGAUUGCAUCUGACUUUUGGAACCUGCAAGAGAGCCACAAAGAUCACAGGACGUUGCAAGGCGAACAACUUUGCACAAUCCGAACUCUCCAGGACGAGGGCCGCGCACUGCGGGCAAAGAUGAACUGGUUGAAAUUCGUGGUCAAGAUCAUGGGAAUCAAAGGUCGUGGGAUGCGGCAAGAAUUGCAAGAUGAAAAGGUCAAAUCCAUUUCAGUGAUCCAAAGCCUGGAGUCGGAAAACGCCGCUUACGGUGUCAAGCUUGCAGAUCAAGCUACGCAGCUGGCAUGUCUCCAGGAGCUCAGGAAAGAGCAGGAGGAUCGCAAAAAGGAUCUGGAAACUCAUCGUGCCCAACUCUCCUCUGAAAGGUCCAAGCAUGAAGAGGAGGUUCUACGGGCCAAAACCGAUCUGGACGACGCUAAUCGAACAAUCACAGCGCUAAGUAAGCAGAACGCCGAGCUUUCGAGCCAUGCCGAAGCCCUCCAAAUUGCAUCAGAUGCCAAAGAUCGAAGCUUGCGAGUCGAGGUUGCAAACAGCGAUUCGCUCCGGUUUGAGCUCCGUGAAAAGACUGAGGUAUCCGAAACCCUCGGAAUCACACUUGAGGAGAACAAACAGGCUUUAAUCUUGGAGGCUGAAAAGACGGCCUCGAUCCGCAAUGAGCUCAAGCAGGAGAGAGAAAGCGGAAUGGCGGCCUUGGCCGCUAAAGACAAAAUUAUUGAUGACGUCCGUGAGAAUCUCGCUGCCAACGAAGGCCAAAACAUUGCGACAACUCAGACCGUCAAGGACCUUGAAGGUCAAGUAACUAUACUUCGUCAAGAACGAGAUAUCCUGAAGAGUGCUGAGCAAGAGGCAAAUUCGAAGAAGAAAGUGUUGGAAUUGAAGAUCCGUGGGCUGAAGACUGAAGUCGAAGAACUGUGCACGGCCAAAGCAACUUUGGAGCGUGGAGCCGACACCUCCGCAGCUCGGAUCAACGAGUUGGUUGCAGAGAUCGAGGAGAUGAAGGCGAAGACGUCGCUCGAAGCCGAGGAGCUACGGGUCGAUCUUGAAGAUGUUCGACAGGAACUAGCAUAUGAGACUGCGCACGCGAGUGCAAGCCGCCAGGCUCUCGAAGAGGAGCGCACAGUUUGGAAGGGUUUAGUGGAGGCCAAGGAUAAGGAAAAAGAGAUUUUGGAGCAGCUUGUCGCCUCUAAGGAAUCCGACCUUACCGAAGCCACGAGAAAGUUGGACAGUGUCCGGGACAUGGAGAAGGUCGUCGCAGAGCUCCGGUCGAAGAAUCAUGAUCUAGAGGCGGGCAAUAACGUCUCUGCGGAGGAAUCUAAGAAGCUUACUUUGAAGCUUGUCGAAAUCACGAAGGAGAAAGAAGGCGUCGUGAAGACGCUUAACGACUCGUGUGAGGCCCACAAGAACUCUCUGGCUGCCAUGGUCGCUCAGCAUGAAGAUGGACUGGCGAAGCUGGAGCAAUCCCAUAAGGCUGAAGCCGACAGACUGGCAGGAGAGAUGAAUGUUCUCGAGUCACAACUUCAAGAGACCACCGCCCGGAUUUCACAGCGUAGCGAGGCUUGUCGGGCAUUCGAGAAGCAGUGUCGGGAGUCAGAACAGGCUAGGACUACGCUAAGGGGUGAACUCAACGAUGCCAUUACCUCAACCCAGGCUCUUCGCAUCAGAGUUCGGGAUCUAGAGACCGACCUCGACAAGCUCAGCUCAGAGAAAUGCGAUACGUUUGCAAAGUUCACGAAAGCCAAAGCAGAUUACGAUGUCCAGAUGGCUGGUCUCUUUGCGACGAUUCGAGACACAAAGAAAGAGAAUGAAGUCCUCGCGGCGGAGAAGGAGUCUCUCCAAAAGAAAUACGAUGAGCUUGUCGUGCAGCAUAGGCACGACACCUCCGUAGCUUCCGAGAAAGAGGUGAAGAUUUCCCAUCUUUCCCAUGCGAACGCGGCUCUUGCGACUCAAAUAGAUCAAGAAAAGGUCGAGACCGCAAGUCUUGAGAGAAUGAAUGAAGUUCUCAAUAGCAGCUAUGGGAAAGCGAAGGCCGAACAAAACGAGCUCUGGAAUCAGAAGGCGAAACUGGAAUCAUUGGUGCAGGAUCUCAACAAUGCCCAUGCUCGUCUUCUCAAAGAGAACGGCCAAUAUGCUCGCAUCAAGGCAAUAGUCGAAGCCAAGCAUUUCCAGCCAGGCCAUGGCAAUGUGCUUGAGCUUCAAGAGACUAUCUUCCGUCUGACUAAGCAACUGGAAGACGCUCAAGGCCAGGCGAAGCAGCUUCAGAGCAACCUUGUCCGCACACAAAUGGAUGCAGCCCAAAGCAGGUGCCAGAAAUUCGAAGACCACCGACCGAGCGUAAACGAACUUUUAUACAGCUUCCGCAGAUUGUUCGGUCAGAUAGGCCAGCUGCAAGUAAUGGAGCGUGUGAAUUUGCAGUAUAACCAGCUGGACAAAGGGCGGAACCUGGUCAACUUCACAGCUCGUGAGGCAUGGAACAUCGGGUACCGGCUUGACGAGAUGACUGAAUGUCUGAGACUCGUUUUGAGAGACCUUCUCACUCCUUUAAUAGGAACGAGCACUGCUAACCUCCUUCACCUGGUCAUAAAAGACCUUAGCCAGUGUCUGAAAGCAGCAACUGAGGACUUAGCGUAUUGCAACGAAGAGCUCAGACUAGGGAAACAACGGCGAGGGGUGUUGACCGGUCCUCAAUGGCAGAGUGCUCUUGAACAGCUCAAGCAAGAGAAAGAAAAGUUUUUGAGCGAUCCUUUCGGCCUGAAUAAGGAUGCGCUUUAUCUUACCCGACAGAAACUCGAACCUAUCGCAGACUCCCCCACAGAGGACUCAGAAGAAGUGACGACCCAGCCGGACUUGACCAAGCUUCCCUCCAGUCAAGAGUUGAUACGUUACUUGGCCACCGACAAGCCUACUUCUAUUGGGGACCUCAUGGCCAGCAUUGGCUUGCGGGAUGGAACGAUCGAGGCCCGAGAAGUAUGCAAGCGGCUGGCAGAAAUCGCAGACAGGAAGCGAGAACGUAAAAGUGGGUUAAUAAGCUUCACACUCAAGCCUGAUGCGCGUGUCGACGCGAAGAAAGAGUCUCAGGAUGGCUGUCUCGGUGCGACUCACGGAAAGGAGAAGGGCGCGGAGGGAGAGCAUAUGCCUAAAGAAAAACCAGGCGUUGUAGACCAGCAAAAGUGUCUUCAAAACUCCCGUUGGUCGGUAUAGGAUUUGGUCGUCCUUCCCGACGAGAAAAAAAACCAAAAAAACCAGUACACACCUGCUCUCGUCUCAUUCCUAUACGGUGCUAGUCAUUAUGCACAGCCUGACAGCUGUGUGUUCGACAAAGCAAUAUGUAGGGAUCGGUGGCGAGGGUAUGGGAGGCUUUCCGACCUGACAGUUGGAAGCCGCGUGCUGGUUUCACCAAAAAAUAUCCGGUCUUGUUGGCGUGAGAAAGGAUGGACAUGGGAAGGCCGGGCUUGGGCUUGGGCUUGAACAAAUGGGUUGGAGUUCGGUUGCUGGUACUGGUAUGAUACCUUGUUUUCUUCAAGCGUUUGGUUAUCGCGGCGAUGAAUUAGCUGUCAACAGGGACGAAAGAUGUCUAUAGAAACAAUGAAG